UCUCCCCGUUGCCACCAUGAUGGCAGAGUUUCCUUCUCCCCGGUGGCUUUUGUUUCUGACCGUAGCUCUAGGGGGGAUGCGGACGGAGCCCUCCUUCGCCGAGGCAGGGGAUGCAGCUCCGCCGGGCAAAAUAGCUGUGGUGGGAGCUGGAAUUGGCGGCUCCUCGGUGGCUUAUUUCCUGCAGCAGCAUUUUGGGCCUCAGGUUCAGCUGGAUGUGUAUGAAAAGGCUGUGGUGGGGGGUCGCCUAGCCACAGUUACAGUCAACAAGCAGUCCUACGAAAGCGGAGGGGCCUUCUUCCAUUCUCUCAACUUACACAUAGAAGAUUUUGUGCAGCAAUUGGGAUUGAAACAUCGUCGAGAAGUGGCAGGAAAGAGUGCCAUCUUCACUGGGGAACAGUUUGUCCUUGAGGAGACAGACUGGUACCUGCUCAAUCUUUUUCGGCUCUGGUGGCACUAUGGCAUGAGCUUCCUACGUCUACAAAUGUGGGUAGAGGAAGUAAUGGAGAAGUUCAUGAGAAUCUACAAGUAUCAGGUCCAUGGCUAUGCAUUCUCUCAUCUUGAGGAGCUCUUGCGUUCACUGGGGGGUGACACCUUCGUCAACAUGACCCAGCGCUCUGUGGUGGAGUCCCUGCUGGAGGUGGGUGUCACACAACGCUUCAUCGAUGAUGUUAUCAUGGCCAUUCUCCGGGCCAAUUAUGGCCAGUCAAUACUGGUGCCUGCGUUUGCAGGGGCCAUGUUACUAGCAGGAGCUCAAGGAAACCGAUGGGCAGUUGAAGGUGGCAACAAGCUGGUGUGCUCAGGCUUGCUGAAGCACACAAAAGCCAACAUUAUCCAUGCCACGGUGACAGCUAUCUCUCUGCACAGUUCAGAAGGAAAACCCCUCUACCAAGUGCACUAUGAAAAUGAAGAUGGUCCAGGUUCCAACUUUUAUGACAUAGUGGUCGUUGCCACUCAACUACAUGAUAGCAAGAACAAUAUUACCUUUCAGAAUUUUGAUCCUCCUAUUGCUGAGUUUCCUGGAACCUUUCACACCACAGUCACCUCCAUUGUUCAUGGCUACCUCAACUCCUCAUACUUUGGCUUCCCAGAUCCCAAGCUUUUUCCUUUUGCCAGUGUCCUCACCACAGAAACUCCUGGUCUCUUCUUCAAUUCCAUGGAUAACAUCUGCCCUGUCAACAUAUCUAAUACCUUCAAGCGAAAGCAGUCCCAGGAAGCUGCGGUGUGGCGUGUCCACUCUCAACAUCCUUUGGAGAAGCAAGAGCUGAAGAUGCUGUUCCGUUCUUAUUAUUCUGUUCAGGUGACAGAAUGGCAGGUCUGUCCUGAUUAUGGAUCAGUCAAGAACCUCCCACCUAUUCUUCUGCAUGACAGCCUCUACUACCUCAACAGCAUGGAGUGGGCAGCCAGCUCCAUGGAAAUGUCUGCCGUGGCAGCCAAAAAUGUGGCUCUCUUAGCCUACAAUCGGUGGAAUCACGAUGUAGAGAAAAUAGACCAGAAAGACUUAAUGCACAAAGUGAAGACUGAGCUGUGAACUUAGCAAAACAAGACUUUAUUGCAUGCAGAGUGAGGGGGGAUAUUUGAGGCUACUAAGUGCCAUUCCUUGACCUGCUGUGUUCCAGUUAUAUUGGAUUGCAGCGUUUGGAAUUCCCAGUCAGUGUAGUAAGAGAUUCUGAGAUUGGCAGUCCCACGCAUUCCCAAAUCCUCUAAGUCAGGGUGUC